GUGCGGUGUGCGUCUGUGUGUGUGUACCUGUGUAUGUGUGUGUGUGUGUGUGUGUGUGUGUGUGUGUGUGUGUGUAUGUGUGUGAGUAUGAGUUGUGUGUCAGUGUGUGUAUGUUUGGGUUUAGUGCAGAAAGUGCAGUGUGCUUGUGUGUGUGUGUGUGUGUGUGUGUGUGUGCACUGGUUUCCCUAAUCUCGUGAGCACUUGAGCAUGGAUGCACACCAAUCUCGCGGGCACUUGUGACCUCAUGGGUACCUAAACCCGAGUCCUCAUUAGGACAACCUAUGGAAUGGCUUUACAAUGACCUCAAAUGAAGCCUGAGUGAGAAAUUUCAGAAAGUCCCAUGAGGUGGGAUUUUGAGAGAAAAUGUGUGUGUGUGUGUGGCAGGAGGGGCAAGUUACUGACACCGGUGGCCAAACGGUGGUACUGCAGUGUGUGUGUGUAUCUGUGUCGGUCGAUCGCUGAUGACAUCACAUCAACAAGUGUGCAUACUGGACGGCUUUACGAUUACGACCUGGUGGGGACAUUGCCAUGGUAAACUUUUGUUAGUGUAAAAAGUAAGCCUAGCCUAGCCUACUUUAUUACACAGAUGGUUGGUUCAUGACUUUACAGAAAGCUAGAUAUUAAAUUGAUUUUAAAUUCAUUUAAAAUGAAAAGACAUUUUAUUUAUUUCGUUUUGGAGGGGUGGAAAGCAAGCAAGUAUGAAGGUGACGGUCAACUGUGGUUCGUAGCCUAGCAUGUAAGCUAUCAUGGAUAAUGUGUGAGUCUGCCCCGUCACCCAGCAGUCAUCCCUCCCGAUCGAAGCAUUAGCCUACAUGCCCUCGCACAUCUUAUUUAAGCCCAAAUACAGCCUUUUACCGGUCACAUCCCCCGCACGAAACAUCGCCGCCAUUUUAUCCGACCUGUUCCACACACACAUCUUUUCUAAGUGCCCACCAUGAUACCCCCAUGCCAGGCCAGCCCCCACUAUACUUUAUGUUUUGGCCGCCAUUUCGUCUAAAACGUUCCAUACACCCCUUGUCUGAGUCCUCAGAUGCCCACCUCCCAGACUCUCACGCGCCAAACGUUCCACGCACACCCCCUGCAAGUGCCCACUUUGACCGUGGUGUCACCGGUACCGGCUACCACCUUGCCCCCUCCCAUCUCAACAGUAGACCAGACUGUAGGCGCUGUCGCUGCCGCCAUUUCUUUCACAAUGUACCGAUAAUGUGUUUUUUUUACCGCCAUUUUAUCACAUACGUUCGAUGCACCUCUUGCCUGGGUACCCACAUAACCCCGUGCCAGCCCACACCUUCCUAUUAAAGUUCCAUACACACCUUGUGUGGGUACCCACUGACUCCGUACAGGCUAGCCCCCUCCCCCUCCCACCCAGCUAGAGCGUAAAUUCAAGUGAUAAUCCUCCCAGUCAAUCACUCCCUCUGGUCGGCUCAAGUUGAAGUUCGUCGAACGUCCUGGAUUUGCGUUAUAUGCAGCAGCAUCUUUUACCACUGGAAAGUUAAACGGGCAGAUGAAACUGUUUGACUAUGGACAAAUCCCGAGAAGAAAAGACAUCGUCCGACGAGACGAAGCAGAGAAUGCUGAGAUUCAAGAAACGUCUCAAAGGUCUAAUAAAUCACCAUGACAUGUGCCAAGCACGCUAUGAAAACAGGAUGUCAAAUGCAAAGGACGGUGCUAAUGCUUUGAAUCAUCCGAAUAUGACAACAACAUUGAAGAAUUCAGGAGCAUCACUCUCUGACGGUGCUAAUGCUUUGACUGAUCCGAAUAUGACAACAACAUUGAAGAAUUCAGGAGCAUCACUCUCUGACGGUGCUAAUGCUUUGAAUCAUCCGAAUAUGACAACAACAUUGAAGAAUUCAGGAGCAUCACUCUCUGAAUCAACAGAAGGAAGCAUGUUUUCAGUUACUCCCUCAACACCAUGCCAGUCUCCUACCCUGAAAGGAGCUGAUGAUUUAGAAUCUUCUCAAACAACACCAUCGAUGAAUUCAAGACCAUCAUUUGAAUCAACAGAUGAAAACAUGUCUUCAUUUACUCCCACAACGCCAUGGCAGUCUCCUAUCCUGUACAGUGACCAGGACUCUGCAGAAGAGUCCACACCUGACUCUGAGGAGGAAUACGUACCUGACUCUGUAGAUGAAGACACGUCCGAUAAAGACAUGGAGGAUGAAGAAGUGCUCACAACACCUUACAAGAGGAAACAGGAAAGACCAUUUCCACUUAAAAGGCACGGGAAAAAGCCGAUGACUGAAGCGAAGCGAGUUAAGGAUCAGCACCACCCACCAGAGGAUUGUACCACUGAAGACCCUAGCAGCGACUCUCUUUCUGUAAUGAUAUUGUCAAAGAAGCCUGAUGGAAGAAGGUCUUACAGCAAACAUUUCUGCCUGUUCUGUGGAAAGGGAUAUUCCAAAAUGGCCCGCCAUUUGGAACAGAUGCACCAGAAGGAACAAGAAGUAGCAAGGGCUCUUGCAUUCCCAAAGAAGUCCAAGAUGAGACGAAUCCAGCUGGACUUGCUAAGAAAGAGAGGCAAUCGUGCCCACAAUCUAGAAGUGUUGUCAGCUGGUAAAGGUACCCUGGUGCCUUGUAAGAAGUCGAAUGAUGUUGUCAAUCCAAAGGAAUUCAUGCAUUGCCUCAAUUGUCAAGGCCUCUUUAAAAGAAAGUUUCUUUGGAAACAUAUGCAGAGAUGUAACUUGGCUCGCAGAUGUGGUACUCCCGCUCCAGGGAAAAACAGAGUUCAGGCGCUUUGUGCUUUUGCUCAACCUGUGCCAGAGGGAGUCAACCAAAUGCUGUGGAAAGUAAUCAGCGUCAUGACCCAAGACGACAUUACAGACACCAUAAAGCGGGAUCCCUCAAUUAUCAAGAUGGGUGAACAUCUGUACAACAAAGUGGGUUCAGAUCCAAGUAAGCAUCAGUACAUCAGGCAGAAACUGCGUGAAGUGGGCAGACUUCUACUCUACAGUAAGGAGGUGGGUCAUCUGAAAACCAUGUCUGAUUUCGUCAUACCUGCCAAUUUUCCACAUGUUGUCAGUGCAGUACGACAUGUGUCAGGAUUCAGUGCUGAAAAGAACAACUUCCGCAUUCCAUCACUGGCCUUAAAGUUAGGCCACAGUUUGAAAAAAAUUGCAGACAUAAUCGAAUGUGAAGCUAUGAUCUCAGGAGAAAAAGAAACUGUCCAGAAUGCCCGGAACUUCAAACAAAUCUAUGACACUAAGUGGAAUGAAUGCAUCUCUUCUUCGGCUCUUCGAACACUAACUGAUGCCAAAUAUAAUGCACCACAGCUCCUCCCCUUCACAGAUGACGUCCGGAAGCUGCAUCUGUACCUUGACGACAAGCAAAAAGAGAAUGUCCGCAAGCUGUCAGCUGUAGUCAGCCAGAAGAACUGGGCCAGUCUAGCUAAAGGGACUUUGGCCCAGAUCAUCUUGUUUAACCGUCGGCGGGAAGGGGAAGUUUCCAAAAUGCCACUAACAGCAUUUACAUCGCGAGACGCAUCCUCUAUGCACCCUGAUGUUGAAGAAGCACUAAAUGAAGUGGAGAAGAAACUCUGUGGUCACUUUCAACGAGUAGAGAUAAGGGGCAAGUGUGGCAGGAAAGUCGCGAUUCUUCUUACUCCACCCAUGGUUCAGUCGAUGGAACUCCUUGUUGAAACGCGCAACAGCUGUUUUCCUGAUGAGAACCAAUACAUGUUUGGACGACCAGGAACACAGUCCCAUUUCAAAGGAUCCGACUGUAUUCGGAUUUUUGCGCAAAAUUGUGGGGCAAAGCAUCCGGAGAGGCUGUCCUCCACCAAGUUACGAAAGCACAUUGCAACCAUGUCCAAGGUGUUAAACUUGACGGACACUGAUAUGGAUCUUUUGGUUGAGUUUCUGGGUCAUGAUAUCCGCGUGCACAAGAAGUUCUACCGUCUUCCUGAAGGCACUUUGCAACUGGCCAAAAUAACGAAGAUUCUUACAGCGCUGGAAACUGGUCGGUUGGCAGAGUUCAAGGGCAGAAAUCUUGAUGAAAUCAAUAUCGACCCCAAUGAGACACUUGAUGUUACGACAGGGUUUGCUGAUGAGGACUGCUCAGACACGGACCCUACCCCAUCACAGCCAGGUCCCAAUAACACCAACAAAGAUUCACCAUCUACAUCAGCCAGAGAUGAAACGCCACAGACACUUGAUGUUACGCCAGGGCUUCCUGAUGAGGACUGCUCAGACACGGACCCUAUCCCAUCACAACCAGGUGCCAAUAACACCAACAAAGAUUCACCAUCUACAUCAGCCAGAGAUGAAACGCCACAGACUGGACCAAGUACAGCAGCCAAGAGGAGGUGGACACAGGAGGAGGUUGCAGCUGUUGAGGCCAAGCUCAUGAAUCUCAUAAAGGCAGGAAGAACACCCGGUAAAAGGCAGUGUAUCGAUUGCAUUCAAGCUGCACCAAAAGCGCUACAAAACAGAGACUGGACUGCCAUCAAAUACUACGUCAAAAAUCGAAUCGCCUCAUACCAAAGAGUGGCAAUCCCCAGACGGUCCACACACAUGGCGAACUUUGAUGACAUCACAAGUCCCCAGAUGGUCCACCUUUGAAGUCCUCAUGAGUAUUGAAAAAGUCAGGUACCCUUUAUUUAAGUGUUAGAGGAAAUAUCAACAGAUGGGCUCUAUAACAGUAUUUUUUAGAAACCAAAACCAGAGAAACAGUAACUCUAACACCUUCAGAAAGGUUGGUCCCCAUUGGGCACCUCCUGGUCAAUAGUCCCCACGAGGUAAGGGAAACCAGUAUGUGUGUGUGUGUGU